AAUUGCUUCUGGAAAAUGGUAGUGAAGAAAACAAUAAACAAACCUAACAGCAGAGCCAGCACGAAGAGCCGAGCACAAACUUCCGAAAGGAAGAAGAGAACCACGGUGCCGGUAGGAACGGCAGCGAUGUGGUGACCUGAGAAGAGAACCACCACACGCCACCACGCCGAUGACCGGACGACAACGACGUCACAAACUGCGGCAACAACGACGGCGUGGAGAACAAAGAGAAUCACAGCGCCUCGCGAACUAAGAGUGCCUUCCGUGGGGAUAGGAAAAGAGAGCCCCGAAAGCAUCCGCGAGUAGAGGCAGCUGUGUCGGUCUUCCGCAAGCAGUAGACGACAGAAGAAGGAACCCUACCCCGCGAGCAGUAGAGGAGAUAAACGGACCCUAAUCGCGGUACUACUGCUUCUUGGUGCCAUUGACUCUCCCUAUAAUUGUUGUUGCUGUGUACUUUCAUUGGCUCAGCAUGAAGUUGUUCAAGCAUGCUUAGCAUAACCUUUUCAGAUUUUGAAGGCAGAAAAAAAUGUAUGAUCUUGGAGCAACAAUCACCUACAUCAAUUGCUGCCUUAACUAAGGACGUUCAAGAAACCAACGAAGCACGUUUAGUUGAUGAAAUCAUAGGGUUUCAAGAAGGCUGUUAUCAGGUUUAUCUUGGACUAUUCAAGUUUCACAACUGAACGGUUCAAUGCGGAAAACUACUGGAAAUAUUGUAGGCCAAUUCUUCGGUGGUUUACAUUGUUAUCUAAGAAGAUGCAUAUUUGCCAUUUUAUCUGUGGGUCCUGUACCAAGUCAUAUUGCUUUCAUCAUGGAUGGGAAUCGAAGGUAUGCAAAGAAGAAAAACAUGGAAGAAGGUGAUGGCCACAAGGCAGGAUUUGAGGUUCUCACGUCCAUCCUUAGAUACUGUUAUGAAUUAGGAGUGAAGUAUGUAACUGUCUAUGCAUUCAGCAUUGAUAACUUUAAAAGGAAGUCCAAAGAAGUUAAAUCCUUGAUGGAAUUGAUGCGGAAAAAGAUUGAGGAGUUGCUUGAACAAGAAAGUCUCAUUAAUGAAUAUGGUGUUAGAUUACAUUUCAUUGGAGACAUGCAACUAUUGACAGAGCCUGUAAGAGCUGCUGCGGAAAGGGCAACGAGAGUUACUGCCCACAACAACCAGAGAGUUCUUUUGAUUUGUGUAGCGUAUACUUCUCGUCACGAGAUUGUGCAUGCUGUUCAAGAAUGUAGCAAGGAAAAAUUUAAUGAAAUUCAAACGUUAAAAGAAGAGAAAGUUACAAAUGGUGCGUUUUCAAGAAUUGAUCAGGGCCUGAAAGGAAAUGAUUUUGGUUUGCUUUCUCAAGAUUCAUGUAAAGAAUAUCGAAAUGCAAUAAAAGCUUGUAGUACUGAAGUAGAAAGUGCUGCAAGGAAUGAUGGUUUGUAUGAGAAUAAUAUCGAGAAUCAUAUAGAUAACGACACUGAAGCUGAAACGACAUUAUACAAUGGGCUGGUUGAAUUGACUAAGGAGAGAAAGGAUAUACAGGAUGAGGUUCCUUUUAUAAAACUGGCGGAUAUUGAGAAGAACAUGUACAUGGCAGUUGCUCCUGACCCAGACAUCUUGAUCCGAUCUUCUGGAGAAGCUCGCCUCAGUAAUUUUCUACUUUGGCAGACUACUACAUGCCCUUUAUAUGCACCAACUGCACUUUGGCCUGAAAUUGGUCUCAGACACUUGAUCUGGGCAGUAUUGAACUUUCAGAGACACUACUUUUAUUUGGAAAAGAAAAAGAAACAGUCGUAAGUGUAUUCUUACCGGCCAAAAUACAUAAUAUGUGGCAACAGGCCACAUGUAUGUGAAGAGCGAUGUGUACGAGUUUGGUGUAGUGCUUCUUGAAAUGCUGAUAGGCGUGAGGGCACUUGACACAAUGUCCAGAGAGAAGAAGAACCUUGAAGAUUGGACUAAGCCUUGUCAUUCUUUUAAAGAAACAUAAUGGAUGGUAGGAUAAAGGGUCAAUAUUCGCGAAAGAAAGCAUUCAAUCACCACAACUUACUCUAAAAUGCCUAUUACAUGACCCUAAACAAUGUCCUUCAAUUUAAUUUCACUAGAUUUUUAAUGUUAUUAUAAUUUGUUUAAAA